CCUUCGGAUCGAAGCUCCUUGCAAUGGCGUCUAAUCGCCUGUCAAAAUCCAAGAUCAACCCCUGCUCUUCGUCUUCUUCACUGAAUAUCGGCGCAACCUUUGCCGGAAUCGAUGAUGCUGAUGAUUUUCAAGAUUUUCCUUCGUCCUGCUUCUCCUCUUCUUGCAGAACCAUCCCGCUUCCAACGCCGCUCAAGCCGCAUAAAUCAAGCACUGUUCGUCCAUCCAAGAAGCUGAAAAAGGGAAAGCCUGUUAAUCCGGGGAAGGAAAACUGCUACUUUGAUGUGGCAGAGGCAGAUUCGAGGGUUUGUGGGUUGGAUUCAAUCGAGCCAACGCUCGUUUUGUUGUAUACGGAGAGGCUUAGUGAUGAUUUACUCAGUGAUAAUUCCGAAGGUUUGAAAUUAUUGAAUUCCUCCCGAGAGGCGGAGGAGAACGUCUGUGAUGAAGAAUUUUAUGAGGAGGGAAGCACGGAGCUUGACGAGCUGCUCAAGCUGUGUGCUGAAGUGGAUGAGCCGAGCAAUGGUAAUUCCAAACCUGAUACCGAAGGGAAAUUUGCGGUUAUGGUUUCUUGUCCUCUUUGUGGAGCUGAUAUUUCGGGGCUGAGUGAUGAUAUGCGGCAAAUUCACACUAAUGAGUGCCUUGACAAAGGGGAGGACCGGAAGGAUGGUAAUGCUGGUGAUGAUAGAACAGCUCCAUAUCAAUGCCCUGGGCAGGUGGUUGAUGGUUCUCCUGUUAAAUCUAAUCUUGAAGUUGCUACUGUAUCUCCUUUGGUAGAAUGGCUCAAGAAAUUGGGCCUUGCAAAAUAUGAAGAGAUCUUUGUAAGGGAAGAGAUUGAUUGGGAAGCACUCCAGUGUCUGACAGAAGAGGAUCUAUAUAACAUUGGCAUUACAGCACUUGGUCCACGAAAAAAGAUUCUUCAUGCUCUCAAGGAGCUAGAAAACAGCACCACCAUGAUUGUUGAACCUAAGACAGAAGGCUCCAAAGGCUCAGCUGAUAACUCUAGAGUAGGAGCAAACAAGUUGAUAACUGAUUACUUCUCAGAUCCCACUUCUCGAAGAAAACGAGAUGGCAAUACUACCAGCAUACAAAAUAAUGUGACGAAUAAACCAAUUUCUACAGCUAAGAAAGUUGAAAGGAAAGAUGUCAGGAAGGGGAAACAGAAAAAUGUUCCUGUGUGGUGUUGCAUACCAGGAACUCCUUUUCGUGUGGAUGCAUUUAAAUAUCUAAGAAGAGAUUGCUCUCAUUGGUUUCUUACUCACUUCCAUUUAGAUCAUUAUCAAGGACUUACCAGGUCCUUUUGUCAUGGGAUGAUUUAUUGUUCCGCAAUUACUGCAAAGUUAGUUAAUCUGAAGAUAGGAAUUCCAAGGGACAAAAUUCAAGUUUUGCCUCUCAACCAGAAGAUAAAUAUUGCAGGAAUAGAUGUGACAUGCUUCGAUGCAAAUCAUUGUCCCGGCGCAAUCAUUAUCCUGUUUGAACUACCCAGUGGUAAGCAUGUUUUGCACACUGGAGACUUUCGGUUUUGCAAGGAAAUGAAGAAUCUGUCUAUGCUGCAAACUCAUCCAAUCCACACUCUAAUUCUCGACACAACCUACUGUAAUCCACAGUAUGAUUUCCCUGAACAAGAUUCAGUUAUCCAAUUUGUGAUCGAUGCAAUCCAAGCUGAAGCAUUUAAUCCGAAAACUUUGUUUCUAAUUGGCAGCUACACCAUUGGAAAAGAAAGGCUGUUUGUAGAGGUUGCUACAGCUCUCCGCAAGAAAAUCUAUGUAACGGCAGCAAAGCUGCGCAUUCUUGAAUGUCUAGGCUUGCCUCAAGAACACAUGCAGUGGUUUACAUUAAACGAACAGGAAAGCCACAUUCAUGUUGUUCCCAUGUGGAGCAUUGCUAAUUUCAAACGACUGAAGCACAUGUCGAACCAUUACAUGGGACGAUUCAAUCUGAUAGUUGCUUUCUCACCCACCGGCUGGUCGAUGGGAAAGGGAAAGAAGUCCACUGGAAGAGGAAGACGGUGGCAACAGGGCACCAUUAUAAGAUACGAAGUGCCGUAUAGCGAGCACAGCAGUUUCACGGAGCUGAAGGAGUUCGUUAAAUUCAUUUCUCCGGUUAACAUCAUACCGAGCGUAAAUAAUCACGGCCCGGAUGCUCACCAGUCAAUGGUUUCCCAACUCUUGGCUUAGCUGAGGUUAUAGGUACAUAUAAAGAUUUAAAAACAUCUGAAGUUUUGGCCUUGUGCUAAAUCUAUUGUAUGUGACAUUAUAUUAUCUCCAUUUUUGCAAUGUCGGUUUUCUGAGCUAUUGAAUUAAGAAGUUUAUUGCUGGA